AUGCCCUACCCUUUAAAAGAGCCAUUUACUCGAGAUUUUAUUUCCGCCACCAAACUCAAGCAUAAAUAUACAAUUAGUUCGAUAGAUGGCGCCCGUUACUGCAAUGAAAUUGCUUUUGUUGUUGCAGACGACACGGAAACGGACGAGUUCAAUUUUCAUAUAUCGCGGUACAGGCCCGAGGAACUGCACAAGCUGGCGUCCAAGACCAAGUUCACUAGGAAGGAGAUCCAGUUGAUGUACAGAGGUUUUAAACAGGAAUGUCCUACGGGUAUGGUCGAUGAGGAAUCCUUCAAGCACAUAUUUUCACAAUUUUUUCCGUUAGGGGAUGCUACAAACUAUGCUCACUAUGUGUUCAACACAAUGAAACAGAAAAACACGGGGAAAAUUAGUUUCGAGGACUUCCUGAGCAUCCUCUCGAAGGUGUCGCGGGGCAGCGUUGAGGAAAAGCUGCAGUGGGUCUUCGGCUUGUACGACCUGAACGGCGACGGAUUGAUAUCGAAGACCGAGAUGGUCGACGUCGUAUCCAGCAUCUACGAGAUGCUGGGCCGGGCCACUCAGCCGGUCGUCGAAGACUCGUCGGCCAAGGAGCACGUCGAAAAAAUAUUCCACCUCAUAGACACGAACAAGGACGGGUUCGUCACCAUCGAGGAGCUGGUGCAAUGGUGCUCCAGGGACGAGAACGUGUUAAGGUCUCUCGACACUCUUGACACAGUACUGUGAUUUAUUAACAACUACCGAAUGUUCGUUCUUAUUUUAAUUUAAAGUAAUUUUGGCUGAAAGUGAGAUAAGAUAGCAAUAUAUUUUGUAUAGGGAAUCAUCGAGUAGUGCGAGAGCUGUGAAUUUUG